GCCAGUGAUUCAACAAUACUUGAAUUCUACUAAUCCAGCCGCGAUGGGCGAAAAAACAGUAAUGGUCUUGACUUCAAAAGUUGCACAAAAAUCUUACGGUACAGAAAAAAGAUUCUUGUGCCCUCCACCUACAACAUUGAGUUUGGGAUCAAAUUGGUGGACUCCGCACAAUAUUGGACAUUCACAAUCAUCCACGACAUACAGCCAACCUAAGAUCUCUGUAGGAAUUUCUGGUGAACAAGGACAUCAACAAGGAAUUCUUGAAUGCAUUAAUUCAUCCGGAAAUCUUCUUGAUCCUAAUGCGUGUUCUGAAAUGGCUUUCAGCGGAAAAUGUGUUUCUAAACAUUUAUAUAUAAAUGAUGCUGAUGAAAAACGAAAGAGAGUUGAAGUUCUUGUCAAUAUUCAAAGUCCUAUGGGUCAUGAUUUCGGCACUUUUGCAAGUAAGCCGAUCAAGGUUAUUAGCAAACCAAGCAAAAAAAGGCAAAUGUGCAUUCAUCACGGAACUACAAUUUCACUUUUCAAUCGUAUUCGUUCUCAAACAGUAUCCACCAAGUAUCUUGGUGUUUCAAUGCAAAAUAACAAUCAAACCCAAAAUGAACAACCUCACCCUUGCUUCGUUGCUCGUACUGGAAGUUGGGAUCCAUUUAUAAUUUGGAUAGUUGAUCCUCGUUAUGUAAAGGGUAAAGAUGAUCAUCCUCCACAGCAGCCAGCUAACGCAAAUUUUCCCCGUCCACCACCUGCUGCCAUUAAAUCAAAUAAUGGGAAUCCCAUCCCAAUUCAUUACAACCAGCCUAUCGUCCUGCAAUGCUUAACAACCGGAAUGACAAGCCCAACUAUGAUUAUUCGUAAAGUGGACAAAGGUAGCAUGGUUAUUGGAGGUGGUAUUCUUGAUUCUAAUGGGCAUGGUGAAGCUGAAGAAG